GGGCGGGGACAUAGGCCCGGCCCCCGAGAGUCCAGCCCCUGGAUGCCGGAAGCGCCCGCGCAGGUCUACUGACCCGUGGGGCCGAGCGCCCUCGGACAAUGGCGACCCAGGCGAAGCGCCGGCGGGUGGCCGGGCCUGCGGGCUGCGAAGACCCGGCCCCGGUGGCCGGCUUCCUGAGCUGGUGCCGGCGGGUGGGGCUGGAGCUGAGUCCCAAGGUGGCGGUGAGCCGGCAGGGCACGGUGGCCGGCUACGGCAUGGUGGCCCGGGAGAGCGUGCAGCCUGGGGAGCUGCUGUUCGCGGUGCCGCGGGCCGCGGUCCUGUCCCAGCACACCUGCUCAAUCAGCGGCCUGCUAGAGCGAGAGCGAGGUGCGCUGCAGAGCCAGUCGGGCUGGGUGCCACUGCUGCUGGCACUGCUCCACGAGCUGCAGGCUCCGGCCUCGCCCUGGAGCCCCUACUUUGCGCUCUGGCCCGAGCUGGGCCGCUUGGAGCACCCGAUGUUCUGGCCAGAGGACGAGCGCCGGCGAUUGCUGCAGGGCACAGGCGUACCUGAGGCCGUGGAGAAGGAUUUGGCCAGCAUCCGCAGCGAGUAUUAUUCCAUCGUGCUGCCUUUCAUGGAAGCCCACCCCGAUCUGUUCAGCCCCAGGGCUCGCUCUCUGGAACUCUACCACCAGCUUGUGGCCCUUGUGAUGGCCUACAGCUUUCAGGAACCACUGGAGGAAGAGGAGGAUGAACAGGAGCCAAACUCCCCUUUGAUGGUGCCUGCUGCAGACAUACUAAACCACUUAGCCAAUCACAAUGCCCAUCUAGAAUACUCUCCAAGCUGUCUUCGGAUGGUGGCCACUCAGCCCAUUCCUAAAGGCCAUGAGAUUUUCAACACUUACGGGCAAAUGGCUAAUUGGCAACUGAUUCACAUGUAUGGUUUUGUUGAACCAUAUCCUGACAACACGGAUGACACAGCUGACAUUCAGAUGGUGACAGUUCGUGAAGCAGCAUUACAGGGAACAAAAGUUGAAGCUGAGAGACUCCUACUGUAUGAACGCUGGGAUUUCUUAUGCAAACUGGAGAUGGUAGGGGAAGAGGGAGCCUUCGUGAUUGGGAGGGAGGAGGUGCUGACUGAAGAGGAACUGACCACCACACUCAAGGUACUGUGCAUGCCUGCUGAGGAGUUCAGAGAGUUUAAAGACCAGGAUGGAUGGGGAGAUGAUAAAAGGGAAGAGGACAGCCUGACAAUCACAAAUAUCCCCAAACUCAAAGCAUCAUGGAGACAGCUUCUUCGCGACAGUGUCUUGUUGACCCUGCAAACCUAUGCCACAGACUUAAAAACUGAACAAGAUUUACUGAGUAAUAAGGAGGUCUACACCAGACUUAGCUGGAGGGAACAGCAAGCCUUACAGGUUCGUUACGGUCAGAAGAUGAUCUUACACCAGUUGUUGGAACUGACAAGUUAGCAGGUUCUCUGUUGCCUGAAGGAGCGUCCAGGAAAACUUUAUUCUAAGUUGAUACUCACUGAUGCUUGAAAAGAAGGAAAAUUUGGACCUAUUGCUUUGCUUUUCGUAUUACAAGGAAAAGUAGCCAAGUUGUCUAGGAUGAACUCUGAGGUAAGAGUGACAUGCUUAAGGAUCAGAAGCGGUAGACAUGGGAAUCACUGCUUACUGUUACUAAGACUAAUAAAUUUUAUAGCUUUUAUUCUCGGUUUGAACCAAAGUUAGCAGAAUGUGGUAGUGAUAGGUUUUGUUGUAGUCUAGCAGUUAGUAACAUGGACUGAAAGUUGACCUGGUUCAAAUACAGGUCUAUUUUGAGCAAGUCACUUUCCCUUUGUUUCUUAAACAACUGUUUCCUUUUAGAGGAUUUAAUAAGCUAUGUCACUGGGACUCAGAACAAUUGUUUUAAUUCCUUAGCCUAGAAGGCACAACUCACCCUUAAGACACCAAUGACACUCAAGCCCUCAUGGAAGACUUUUAUUUAAUCUUGAAACUUUUUGUCCUCUCUGGUCAUAAAAUUUGAGUCUUGACAAGGGUAAGGUAUAUAAAUGGGAUAUGUUUUAAAUAUGUACCUAUUUUUAAAAAUUGUAUCAAAACACUCAUGAAGGUAAAGAAUAUUUUUAAAUGGGCACCUUGAAGUUGUUUAACCACAGAAACUUACUCCAACAAUGUUUCACUGUUGGAAAGGAAAAGGAAAAACACUACACAAAAAUCACUUCCUUGUUCCAACAUGCCAGAUUGGGAGCAGAAGCUGUUAUUUCCCAGUGGCCCCAGUGGGAGGGCUGGGCCUGUCCACUUUCCUCCUCACCACCAGCACUGGCUGCUCCUGAGAAAGGCACAGUGGACGCACACGUGUGUCAUGACUUUAAUGUUCGACUGCAGUAUGCACACACAUACAAGAAGUAGGGAAGCUAAAGCCCAGGAGCUAGAAAGGCUAUAAAAUACAACACGUGGACCAAUACAUUUACAAAACACCCAAAAUCUUUACAAAAGGGGCUGUAUUGGUCCUUUUGACUUUUUUGUUGCUGUUCAACUUAGCCUGUAUGGCUGUUCAUUGGGCUAAUGGGUAAGGGCAAUUCAAAGUAUUUGGUUCCUUUCCCCACAGUUUACAAGUUAGAGAGGGGUGGGGGUGGGGGGCUUUGAGGCCUGGUCUGGCUUCCCUUUAUAAAAAGAGGUGUCUCACAGGGCCCACCAGGGUAUUUCUCCAGCAGAAAUGAGAAAAUGAUGCUCUUCCAGGAGCCAGCUUUAGAGUUCGGGAAGAGGCAAAACAGAAGAAACACAUGAGAUCUCAACUGUGAUCUCUCUGCAUGGUCUCUGGCAUACCAAAUUCUACACAAUCACAUUUUAAACAACUUGGUGAUAUUCAAGGUCCCCAUCCACAUAAAAAAAAAAGUUACAUGGCUUUCUUGCUAUUCUUCCGGACACCGGGAAUGUCAGAAGACAUGGAGCUAUGCCCCGCAGACAUGUGCAUGGAUGUCAACAGCAGCCUCUUCAGUUAUAAGCCGGGCAGGUACCGGUUUACCUACUUGCCUUGGACACAUUUUGCACAAACCCAAGAAGUUCCAGACAAAGGUUUUCUCUUUCAUGUAUUUACACAAGUUGAAAAUGAUAUUCACAGCAUCUUCUAAAUUUUGGCCAAGAGUCAAAAAAAUGCAUUUAAACUUUGGAACGUGGCCACAUAGACAGGAAGCUGACCCAAACAGUAAUUGGGGCAGACACCCGAGAACCAAAGGGCCGGGAAAGUCAGGAAGAGCUGAAAGGAUCUUCAGCCAGUUUAUGAACCUGGUACAGUGGGACCGCCAGGCUGACACAUUUACAACAGAGAUGCGAUUCCAUCUAACUGGCACCUGUCCCUUCCAUUACUUGCUGAGCCUGCUUCUGUCCCAUGCAGCACUGUGCAACCGACUGGAAUAACCUGAAGAAUGGAGACAGUUACAAGUCUGUGAGCAAAGUUCAGGCCUGAGCAAACCCUGCGUCUUACUAAUUUUGGCUACUUAAUUGCCUUAAUUACCCACCCAAGCUAGGGCUAUCAAAUAAUUUUCAUCCUCCUUUCUCAUUCUUUAAACAAU